AUGCAUUACAUAACAGAAACACGGUCCCUUUUAGAAAUGUCUGAAAAACUAAGAAGAUGCAGAAAGGAGCUGACCGCAGCCAUUGAUCGGGCCUUUGAAGGAGUCAGUCUUUCCCUGGAGUGCCCGGGUCCCCAGAGGCCAGAGCUGGACGCUGCGCCACCCUCCUUCUCCCUCCCGAUGCAGCAGCUCCUCUGCCGGAGACAUUCGCUUACCACCUGCUCUGUAGCGCCCUUUGCUCCAGCCCAAAGUGCUGCCGAGAGCGAGAUCCCUGUCUUUGCACCAAACCAUGCCCUAAUCAAUACAAAACCACAUGUUUUCUGCCCGAAAAGAAAACCUCUGAGCAGCAAGGAAAACGUUUUGAUGCAUUCCUCCAUUUUGGCACCUGAAAGACAAUUUUGGAGAGCUGCAGAUGGGGAAAACUGGAAAAAAGAAAGUUUAAGGAAAGAUAUGGAGAGAGAUUUGAAGGUUGACUCAAACAUGCUAUUCAACAAUUCUAGUCAAGAAGUCACAAAGGAUCUGCUUGAUAUGAUCGACCAUACAAGCAUCCGAACUAUUGAAGAAUUGGCUGGAAAACUGGAAUUUGAAAAUGAAUUGAACCGCAUGUGUGGCCACUGCGAUGACUUACCCUUCAAGGAGGAAGCCUGGGCCCUGUUUGUGGACGAGAGCCCUCUGAAGGCCUUGGAUGUUGACCUUGGUGGUCUCAAGCAGGUUUUUGAUGAUCGUAAUAUCGUUGACACUGUUCUGGAUUUAGAAGAGGACUACAAUCUGUUGACCUCUUUUAAAUACCAAAUUGAGUAG